AUGGCUAUUGUUGAAUUUAUAGGGGAUCUUCCAGUUCAAGAUCCACCAGAAGAGGAGUUCUCUGCUGCUGAUUUGACUUGGACCAAAUUUGGCACUGCUGAGCACCAUGAUGAUGCAGCCCUCAUUCCUUAUGAUCGAGUUGAUGAAUUUAUAAUUGGUGAAGGCUCAAAUUUAGAGUGCCCAACAAGGUUUCAUAUUGAGAGAGGAAGAAAAAGAAAGAUGGGCAGUUUAAAGGAAUACAAGGAUGAUGAGUAUUUGGAAUAUAGGAUGUAUUGGUGUUCUUUUGGUCCUGAAAAUUAUGGGGAAGGAGGAAGUAUAUUGCCUAGCAGAAGAUAUCGCCUCAACACCCGCAAUCGUGCUGCUAGACCUCAAUCCAUGCGGGGCUGUACAUGCAAUUUUGUAGUGAAACGUUUGUAUGCCCGUCCAUCACUUGCACUAAUUAUAUAUCAUGAGAGGCGCCAUGUGAACAAAUCUGGUUUUGUUUGCCAUGGCCCACUUGACAGAGAUGCGAUUGGCCCCGGAGCAAAGACAGUUCCAUAUAUCUGUAAUGAGAUCCAACAACAAACAAUGUCUAUGAUCUACCUGGGCAUUCCAGAAGAAAAUAUACUAGAGAAACACAUAGAGGGGAUUCAGCGAUAUUGUGGUUCAAAUGCAAAAGUCAAUAGCCUUGCUUCCCAGUACGUCCACAAACUUGGGAUGAUUAUUAAACGGUCUACCCAUGAAUUGGAUCUUGAUGAUCAAGCUAGCAUCCGCAUGUGGGUUGAACGCAAUAAAAAAUCCAUAUUCAUAUAUCAGGAUACUUCAGAAAAAGAUUCAUUCAUUCUGGGGAUUCAAACAGAGUGGCAGCUGCAACAAAUGAUUCGUUUUGGCCAUUGCAGUCUCAUUGCAGCUGAUUCAACAUUCGGCAUAAAGAGACUUAAGUAUCCUUUGUGCACACUUCUUGUCUUUGACUCAAGACAACAUGCACUCCCUGUCGCAUGGGUCAUCACACGUAGCUUUGCAAAGCCAGAUGUGUCUAAAUGGAUGAAAGCUCUGCUUGAUCGAGCUCGUAGUGUUGAGCCUGGAUGGAAGAUCAAUGGGUUUUUAAUUGAUGAUGCAGCAGCUGAGACUGAUCCCAUCAGAGAUAUCUUUUGUUGUCCCAUACUAUUUUCCCUCUGGCGCGUUCGUAGAUCAUGGCUGAGGAAUAUUGUAAAGAAAUGCAAUAACAUUGAAGUUCAGCGGGAAAUUUUUAAACGUCUGGGUAACAUUGUGUAUGGCAUUUGGGGUGGAAAUGGUACCCUGGGUGCCUUAGAAGAACUAACCCAAGAUUUUGUUGAUCAGACGGCUUUUAUGGAAUAUUUUAAGAGCUCUUGGGUACCUAAGAUUGAAAUGUGGCUUUCGACUAUGAGAAGUCUUCCGCUUGCAAGCCAGGAGGCAUCUGGUGCUAUUGAAGCGUAUCAUGUGAAGAUGAAAGUGAAAUUAUUUGAUGAUUCACAUCUUGGAGCACUCCAAAGAGUUGAUUGGUUGGUGCACAAGCUGACAACUGAGCUGCAUUCAAGCUACUGGCUUGACCGUUAUGCAGAUGAAUGUGAUUCUUUUCAAAAUGUUAAGGAAGAAUACAUUGCUUCUACAUCAUGGCACAGGGCACUGCAAAUUCCUGAUUCUGCUGUUAGCUUGGAUGACAAAGACCACCUCUAUGCCAAGGUCUUAAGCCAGAAGGACAGUAGCACUGUGCAUCUUGUGUGGAAUCCUGGAUCAGAAUUCUCUUUCUGCGAUUGUGCAUGGUCAAUGCAAGGAAACCUUUGCAAGCAUAUCAUCAAAGUCAAUAUGACCUGUGAAAGUCGUCAGGGUUAUCAACCUUCCAUGUCUUUUCAGUCAUUCAAAGAGUUGCUGAUGAGCCUAUUGAAAAAACCAAUGGAUGAUUCAGUUGCACUCGAUCAGUCGAUGGCCUGGACUAUGCAGAUGUUCGAUCAAAUACGAAAGCUUGUAGAAGUGACAAGUUCUAAUGACAUUGGCACCGUGGUAAACAAUCUGCCAUUGCAGUGGGUUUCUAAGAAAGGCAGAACAGGUGUUGGAAAGCCAUCAACUUCUCUGGCUCUUCCUUCUGGUUCCAUUGAUACAAACAGAGCUGCAGCAGCAAGGAAAAAGAACCGGAAGCGAAAAAGGUUGUCAAGAUUGAGAUAA